AUGCCCAAGACGGUCUGCAUCGUCGGGGCCGGGCCUUCCGGUCUCGUCGCUGCCAAGUCGCUGCUCCACGGUGUGCCGAGCGGCACCUUUGACGUCGCCAUAUUCGACGCCCAGUCUCGCAUUGGCGGGCUAUGGCCGGCGCAGAAAAAUGACAGCGUCGGCUUGCUCCACCCCCGCAUGGUAGCAAACCAGAGCAAGCACACCGUCCAGUUCAGUGACUUGGCUUGGGGAGACGCCGACCCUGAACUGCCGCGUGCCUGGCAGGUCGGCCGCUAUCUAGAGCGCUACUUCCAGACAUACUGUCGCCAGGCAAAGCUAAACCUCGGCUGCCGCGUUGAGAAGGCCGAGCUACUUCCCGCUAGUGACACGGGGCCCGCAUGGCGUAUACACACCCGCUCUCGAGAUGGAAAAACCAGCGAACUCGCCUUUGACUUUCUGCUAGUUGCGUCUGGCUUCUUCGGCCGGCCUGCCAUCCCCUCGACCCUGUCCGCCGAGCAACCGGCUGUUCCCGUCAUACACAGCAGCCAGUACCGGGAUUUGGCCGGCCUGCUCCAUGGGACGGGGGGGAAAGGGGACAAGAUUCUCAUCGUCGGAGGUCAGAUGUCGGGCAUUGAAAUCGCCGGCACCAUUGCCUCUCAUCUUUCGUCCGCGAUACACUCUCCUGGGAAAAGUCCUAUACCAAGUUCAGGCAAAUACUCUAUCCAUCAUAUCACCCAAAAACCUGCCUGGGUCUUUCCGCUGCACACGUCUCCAAAGCCUGCGUCUUUGUCGCCCCCUUUUCUGCCGUUGGAUCUGGGCUCUUACAACCUUGCCAACCGCCCAGAGCCGCUGGUCAACACCCAAGGACAUAUAUCGGUUGAUGCAGCUAAGACUGUUCACUCCAUCUACCAAACCAUUCUCGGAAAUGACCAGUCUAUCUUCUCGCCAGCCGUCGCUGUCACAGCCGAGGAUACCAGCAGACCGCCGUAUCUCGCCGUCAGCGACCACUAUAUGGACUUUGUCCGUUCGGGGCUCAUAUCCGUCUCCCACGGCAAGCUCGAGUCCCUCUCAGACCAUAAUGCCACCCUCUCGCCCUCGGGAGAGCAGAUCGGUGAUAUCGCUGCCGUGAUACUUGCCACCGGCUUCGAAGCUGCCUCCUCCAUCUCAUUCCUGCCACUUUCAAUCCGCGAGACGCUAUCCCUCUCCCCUUCAGACCUAAACAACACGCUCGCCCUGGCCUUCCACGGCACGCACCACCCGGCGGUGCCAGCGCUCGGCUUCGUGGGCUUCUACCGCUCGCCGUACUGGGGCGUGAUGGAGAUGCAAGCUCGCCUAGUCACGGCGCUCUGGAUAGCCGGCGGCCCAGCCUCGCGCUCGCUGCCGCCAGCCCUGCGCGCCGCCCUCGACAGCGACACGUCCGUCGCCCGCACCCUCGCGUUGCGCACUGACCCACGCGCCUCCCAGUUCCCCAUGGGCGACUACGCGUGGCUCAUGCAAGAGUUUGCCGCCGCGCUCGGCCUGCAACGCUUACCGCCGCCGUCCAACAUGCCGCGGCUGCCGCCCGCGCACAAGGCGAUGGACGUCCUCACCCCCGCGCGCUACCCAGCCGCAACCCUCAGUGACGCCCAGCGCGCCGAGGUCGCCGCCUCGCUUCGCCAGACUGAAGCCACCGUCCGCGCCAGCCUCGGGCCCUCGGCCAGGUUCGUCGCGCGCGCCGUCUUCCGCUCGCUGCUCGGCGAGUGGAAGCUCGAGCGCAGCCUCGUCAGCCGCCUGCCGAGCCACCCCAGCGGCCACUUCAGUGGCACGGCGCGGUUCCUACUGCGCGAGGGCACGCGCGACGGCCGCGGGGACGACGCCGCGAUCAAAGAGGUGGAUGACGACAGCGACGAGACCGGAGCAGACGCAGACCUCGGCAUGGAGUACCUGUACAUCGAGGAGGGCGACUUCACGGCCGACAACGGGCUGCGGUUCCGCGCCUCGCGCCGCUACGUGUGGCGCUACAGCGAGCCCGCCGACGCGCUCAGCGUGUGGUUCGUCCGCACCGACGACCCCAGGCGCGCGGACUACCUGUUCCACCAAGUCCAGUUUGCCGAGCCACCGUUGGUGGAUGAGGGGCGCGGCUGGUGCGCCUCCGCCGGCCACCUCUGCGUCGACGACUUUUACGACGUCGCCUACGACUUCAACUUCCAAGCUGUCAACAUGCGCGACUGGCGCCUCGCGUACACCGUCAGGGGCCCCAAAAAGGACUAUACCAUUGAUGGCGUGUAUAGACGGUGA